AUGCCGAGCGAAGCGGAGUGUCUUUGCUGUUGCGAGUUAGAAUCUGCGAAUAUUUUUAAUUUGAUCGGAAUGCAUGACACAAAUGAGAGUCAUCGACCACGACGAGAAAACGUAACCAACAAGACUUAUAGGUACGCAAAUUAUAGACAGUUUACUUGGUGGGUGCAUAAUAGGAUAGGGAGAGCAGUUCGUCGAGUGAUACCUAGUUGUGUUGUCAAUAAAAUAAGAGACGUGUUUCCUGAGCCGAGCGGAGUUUAUGUUGGAUAUAAAGAUGGUGAACCCAUACCUGAAAUUGCCAUUGUAUGGGCAUUGAGGGAAAAAGAAGAAUUGGAUUAA